CAUCCAGAAAACGAGAGGGAGGGAACCAGAGGAAGGAGGCACUGUGUAACGAAAGACGAGGAAUCCAAGGUGGUGCUGGUCGAGAAUUGGUGGUACAGAUUUAAGGAGAGAUAGAGAGAGGUUCGAUCCUGAAGCUACUGCUUCCCGUUCCUAUCGUACGUUUACAAGAUACACCUUGCAUCCCUCCAGUUCUGCUCCUUUCUCUUGUCAGCCGUCGCGAUCCACGGAGGUAUCCAUCAGAUACAUCGCGCAGGGUUUCACUUCGCGAAGGAAACCCCUUGUUGAGAUUGCAAUAGCCAACGUUAUACUAGAAUUUGAGUCCAACUUCCUCUCUCUAACGUUGAUAGGAGCCCAUUUGUGGGGUGGAUUGGUUCUUGAGGUCCCGCCUGCGUGACGGCGUUGUUUAUGGAGGAGAGAGGAGAAUCAUCCGUGGCUGUGAGGAGGAUUCAGGGACUUGAUCGUGGGAGCAACUACAGCGCCUCUUCCGCUGAAGUUGUCACAGGAUCAACAGCAUGGAUUGGGAAAGGAUUUUCUUGUGUUUGUGCUCAGGGAAGAGAAAGUGAUGCUCGAAUAUCAUUCGAGCAUACUCCUUUGCAGGAAGAAUGUCUCCAGAAACUACAAAGUCGAUUAGGUGUUGUUUAUGAUAGUGCAAAGGUGGAACACCAGGAAGCAUUGAGGGCCCUCUGGGAUAUAGCAUUUCCUGAAGUUGAACUACAUGGUUUGAUAUCCGAACAAUGGAAAGAAAUGGGUUGGCAAGGAAAAGACCCAUCGACAGAUUUCAGAGGUGGAGGAUUCAUAUCACUAGAAAAUCUGCUGUUCUUUGCAAGGACUUUUCCUAAAUCCUUUCAGGAUCUUCUUCAUAAAAGAGUGGGUAACCGAUCGUUGUGGGAGUAUCCAUUUGCCGCCGCGGGUGUGAAUGUAACAUUCAUGCUAAUACAGAUGCUUGACCUACAAGCUGCAAAGCCAAGGACUAUGAUGGGAGCUGUGUUCUUAAAGAUACUUGAAGAAGACGAGCGGACCUUUGAUCUUCUAUAUUGCAUUUCUUUCAAGCUGAUGGAUCAUCAAUGGCUCACCAUGAAUGCUUCCUAUAUGGACUUCAAUGCGGUGAUGAAAGCCACCAGGCGACAGUUGGAGCGCGAGCUUCUGCUAGAAGACAUACAGCGUUUGGAAGACCUGCCGUCAUUUAGGCUGCUUCUUCGGUAAUUAUUAUUCCGACUCCGCUAACUUUAAUUUAGUACGAGUGGAAAAGGGAGCGUUAACUAUGGCUUUUCAGAAACUACAUGCUUCUUCUAGGAAAUUGUUAAGUGGUGGAUAAAGCAGAUGAUUGUUUUCUUUGGAUUGUAAGAAUUAUAGUUUGAUUUUAAGUGAGUGUGGUGUUGAUGUGAGUGAUUAAAUAAUAAUAAUGAUAAUAACAAUAUUUUUCUUACUUAUAUGUAUCAUAUCUAAUUGUUAUGGUUGUGUUUUUUAG